AUGGCUACGAGGGAGUUGCUUAUCGUCAUUCUAAACCACACCAAUGAGGAGCUCAUUGCAGAUCCCGAAUGGCCGACUCUCAACCACGGCCAAUGGACCAAGGCGCCAGAUACACAGCCGCCGCAGACAAUCCUAGCAGGCGAGAGCGGCAUGCUGCGCUGCAAGUCGAGUCACAUAGGCGGAGGCGUUGACGGUUCCAUCACAUACCGUAUCGUCGGAUUCGAAGGGAGGAACGAGCUCGCGUUCAUGUGGAGUGUCCCGUAUGUUGGGGCAAACAAAUUUGACGCCUGUUGUGCGGUAUCUGACUUUACGGUUGAGAUCUUGGGUGGGCGGGGUAAGGAGGCUGUUGUUGUGUUUGUUUUUGGGCCGACCAAGGCGGCAGAUGUUACCCUGGGUGAUGGUGUGUGGGCAGCUGUGACUAGAUAUCCUGUUGAGUGUGCCAAGAGUCUUGUAGGCGGCUUCAACCACAAUUGA